UACAGAUAUCAUCGCAGGAUGGAAGCAGUUCCUAAUAAGGCUGCCUUUUGCAAUUGAUUAAUAGCGAAUUUGUCAUAUUAUUUUUAUUAUUAUUAUUAUUAUUAUUAUUAUUAUUAUUUUAUGCCUGACUGAUCCAAAAAGGCAGAUAAAGCCUGAUGAAGACUGGCAUCUGCCAGGAGGCAGCCCAGCAUCAGGCAUCUUCUGUGGGAGAUCCUUUCCUUUGGAAUAGCUUCUCUCUUAGGGCAAGGAUGGCUCCCAUUCUUAUGGCCUUCUGGAAGCUGGCAAAGAUACAGCUGUGGCAGAAGGCUUCAAAGAUUAGUUACAGAGUCAACAUAUAUAAAUUAGUCAAUAUAUGAAUGUUUUAUUGAAAUUUGUAAUCAAUUACUGUUAUUAUUGUAUUUCAUUGUUAUUAUUCAUUUAUUAUUGUUGAUUUUAGCAUGUUUUUUGUUAUUACUUGUAAAACACCUAGAGUCCUUACAAAUUAACUGCAUUGGGAAAUAAAUAGUGUAUUGUUUUCAAGUGCUUUACAAUUGAUUUAUUAUAUACCAUUCAAUUAUUUUUAACUUCUAGUGAUCAACAGAUGAUCUAAUCCUAACCUAUUUCAUUUCUCCCAAAUGUGCGCUCAUACCUUUGUAAUUAAAUCCAUUGCUACUGGUCAUUCUUCCUUUCUCUUCCCUUCUAAUUAUAUAUUCUAUGCAUGUUGCUUUCUUGGUAAAAAUAUAAGAGUGGUUUAUCAAUGCCUUAUACCAGGUAUAUGAAAUGAUGUCUUUGCCAUUAUCACUAAAGUGAUCAUCUGCCUCCAGCAUCUCCCUAUAUCACUGUGGUCUGCUUGCUUUAGCUGGCAGCUGGGAUGAUCUUCACAUAGCAUACAUUCCCAACAUUGGUAUACACUGCUAACAGUCUUAACUCAUUCCUCCCUGGAACACACCACUAUCAUCACAAUAAGGUAGCAGAGUAGGGGGUGGGGACUUCGAGUCAGUGCUGAUGCCUUAGCUGCUCUUACCAAGAAAUGCUGUUAUAAUUGCUCUGAGUUCAUUAAAAUCUACUUUUUUAAAAGUUCUAGAUAAGUAUUUGUCUACAUUCAGCAUCAAUUUCUCUUAAAAACAAAAUGUCCACCAUUGCAUAAUAUCUUCUAUUCAAUGCUCUUACUUCUCUCAUUUCUUCAGCAAAGCCUUCCCUUUGAUUUAAAUCAAUUGAAGGACAGGGGAAUCAUUACACAACAGAAAUACAACAAUAGCAAUUCUACAUGAAAACUAGCUUCUUCUCAUAAAAAUUCAUUAUUGCAUUUUCAUAACUUUACUUGCUCUCACUUUCUCUUUCACACAAACACACAAAGCCCUUGUUACAAAAACAGAGAAUGGAUUUUCUGCUGCUGCAACAACUUUGCUAUCUUGCAUCAGAUAUUGUUCUAUAUCUUUCUUUAAGCAGCUUUUAACUAGCUAUCUUGCACACCUAAGAUUUUCAACUAACUUCUGAUUUCCCAUGCAUCAACUGGAAAACUUGAAAGACACAGGAAAUUCUAUUAUACCAGCCACAAACCGAAGAAAGAACUCGCUGGGCAACAUUAAACAGAACUACUUCUGUUUUUCUGAAACAUUAGCUAAGACAGCAGAUUCAAGGUGAUUCCUAUAAUUUGCCUUUAUUGUUAAACAUUUCAGAUGGCUUCCAUCAAUUCUUCAGAAUGCAAUAUUUACUCUCAAAUGCAGCCAUUCACUUAUAUUUAUUACUUGAUCUUUCUUAUUGGGUUCAUUGGGAGCUGUUUUGCCCUCUGGAACUUCUUGAAGACCAAGAAGCAUCACAAAUGCAUGAAUGUUUACUUAAUUAACCUACUAACAGCAGAUUUUUUGCUGACCCUUGCCCUGCCAAUGAAAAUAAUUGUAGAUUUAGGAGUUGCCCCAUGGAAACUGAAAAUAUUCCACUGUCAAGUCACAGCAUGCCUGAUCUAUAUUAAUAUGUACUUAUCAAUCAUAUUCCUGGCAUUUUUAAGCAUGGACCGGUGCCUCCAGUUAACAAAGGGAUACAAGAUCUACAGGAUUCAGGAACCUGGUUUUGCCAAGAUGAUAUCAGCAGUUGUAUGGGUAAUGGUUCUCUUCAUCAUGGUACCAAAUAUGAUUAUACCAAUCACAGAGAUCGAAGAAUCAUCAAAUGUAGGAUGCAUUGAUUUCAAAACAAAAGUGGGAAGAGACUGGCAUGUGUUCACCAAUUUCAUAUGUACUGCAAUAUUUCUGUAUUUUUCAGCUAUGGUGCUUAUCUCUAAUUUCCUUGUGAUCAGAUUACUGUAUCAAAACAAAGGUACAGAAGGCUAUCCCAGGGUAAAAAGAGCUCUGGUAAACAUCCUUUUAGUUACCGCAAGCUACAUCAUAUGCUUUGUUCCUUACCAUAUUGUUCGAAUCCCAUAUACGCUAAGCCAAAGUAAAACUAUAAUCACAGAUUGUUUUCUUAGAGAAUCUCUUUACAAAGCCAAAGAAUCCACCUUGCUUUUUAGUGUAUCAAACCUGUGCUUUGACCCCAUUUUGUGUUUUUAUUUUUCAAAAACAUUUAGGCUAACAGCCACUAAAAGUUUUGUACCCUUUAAAGGUAGACAUGUUUCUCUAGGUGAUCAAGAAAUGCAUGGAGAGAAAAUACAACAGUUUCAGGUUUCAGCUGAGAUUGCAAUCUUUUCCACAUGAACAGGACAUUAAAAAUACAUUUGUCUUCCCA